AUUGUGAGUUGCAGCAUAAAUGGAGGACUCACAAAACCUGUCAUUGUUUAAUGAAACUGGCAUAUACUCCUUUGAAGAUUCCAACGCCGUUUUCGUGGAUCCCGUCCGCGUUCUAAAUCGUUCCUAUAACCGCUUCAGGGUUUCUCCUUCUACCUACUAUCCUCGUUUCUUCGAACCCCGAAACCCCAACCCUGCCUCCUCCACCACCGUUACCUCCUCUCCCACAAAACGAAAACGGAAACGGAAAACGAAAGAACCUCAACCUCUGAACGAGAGAGAACUAAUUUCCCUACAGCGUCAUCAUGAAGCGAGGCCAUUGUUGUUGAAGGCACACGAGUGUUUGCUAAAAUCACCUGCACUCUUGGAUGCUUUGAGCAAUUUGAGAACUGAUUUUAGUUCCUCCAAGAGAGAAUGCCAGCGUGUCCAAAACUCUUUCAUCGAACUAUCACAGCUAGAGCCCCUUCUUGAGGUCACGCUAAAGUUACGACCCCGUGACCCUGACCCUGACCCUCACAAGCCGCCAAACAAUUUAGAUAGCGUGCAAUGCUGUGAAGAGAGGUUUCUUCCUGCAUUCAAUAAUUUGGUUGCUAAUGACACUAACGAUGAUGCAGUGGCUGAAAUUUUGAACAAUCGUUAUGUAUUACCUAGAGAGAGUUGCUUUUACAUGUCUGAUCUGGGACAGAUUCGCAAUCUAAUUCCUGCUGAUGCUGAUUCUGGUUUCAACCUCAUAGUGAUUGAUCCACCAUGGGAAAAUGCUAGUGCUCACCAGAAAUCAAGGUACACAACCUUGCCCAACAGGUACUUUCUAUCCCUUCCUAUUAAGCAACUUACUCACACCGAAGGAGCACUUGUAGCCUUAUGGGUGACCAACAGAGAGAAGCUACUUAGUUUUGUUGAGAGAGAGCUUUUUCCUGCUUGGGGAGUGAGCUACGCUGCUAAAUUUUAUUGGUUAAAGGUGAAAGCAAAUGGAUCCUUGAUUAGUGAUUUAGAUCUCUUUCAUCAUAGGCCAUAUGAAAGCCUUAUCUUGGGAUACAGUCCUGGGAAGGUUAAAAAUUCUGAUAACGAAUCAAAAUUUAAACCUGUGAAGGAUGAUCAUGUGAUUAUGAGCAUUCCUGGGGAUUACUCAAGGAAACCCCCAAUUGCAGGCAUUGCGGGAAGCAUUGAGCACCGAAUUGGAGCUGCAAUGGAUUCGAAAUCUUCAGCACCACCAGUGAACCCUGAGCCCAAGCCACCAAGUGUUUGCGUUGCACCAAAAACAAACGAUAACAGAGACUUCCUGAACCACCUUGAAGCCUACCUAGCCAAGAGAGAUGGCGUCGACAAGCUUCUCAAGAUUUCUAGAUACGCCGCGAAGCUGAUCCUAUCCUCUUCGGUUCUUCAAUCGAACCCGAACUUCUCUCAACGCCUCAAGCGCUUCGAGUCCAGCCUCGGCGUUAGCCGAAAGGCCUUCAGGCUCGGCAAGUUCGUUCAGGACCUCAACACGCUCAGAAACUCGCGCGUCGAUUCCAAUCGCGAAUUGAUCCUGUACCUGAUCGCUUACGGCGGGGAAGGUUUUUACUAUUUUGUCGAACAGUUUGUUUGGCUCGCGAAAUCGGGUUUGAUCGAUCCCAAACACUCACGCAGGUUGCAGAAGAUAAGUGCUUGGGCUGAAUUGGUCGGUUACUUCGGUAGUGUUGCGUUGAAAUUAAGGGAUUUGAGGGUGAUUUCCGAGGACGAAGCGUGCUUGAAAUCGAGUAUUGAAAUGGCGGUUUUGAGUGGGAUUGGGUGCCGAGAAGAAGAAGCGAGGUUGAGUAAAUUGAGAGAGAAGAAGUUGAUGAAGAAGCUUUCAAUUGUUCAAGACUUGGCUGAUGGGUUAAUGGCUGUAGAUGAUGUACUUGAUGGGAAAGGACCAUUUUCUACGCCAACUUUGAUGUCUUCUGCGGGGCUUUUAUCAGCUCUCAUUAGCACUCACAAGAAUUGGGUAUCUUGCUGAGUUUUUUUUUUUUUUUUUUUUUUUAUCUGGUGCGUUAUUUAGUUCUAAUGAAAUUGUAUGUACUCCAAGUAAAAGGUGCUUGGUUUAUGUGAUUUUAGUUUUAAAAUUUGUUACUGAUCCAUCAAUAAAAU